AUGCAGAUGCUGUCGACAUAUCUAGAAUCUUUCCCUGCGGCGGUUUAUUCUUAUGCAUCACCAAAAACAAAGACUCAUCUAGGCUUGUUUUGGAACCCUUAUUUGGGACAAACAAGGUGGAUUGAACCCAGUAAUUCUUACCACAAAUGUGAGAAGUACGCUUUCGGAUACGAGAAGGAGAAGAGGAAGCACAAAAUCUUGAGACUUGUGAAUGAGGUCGACGGGAGUGGCAACCAAAUUUGUGAGUUUGAGAUGUACAGUUUAAACUUGAGUAGGUCAUGGAAGGUCACUGAUGGUUUUGCUCCGGACUGGUGUAUGCCGUUGAUACAAAGUAGCUCGUCUGUAAAGGGCAACACUUACUGGUAUGUUCAAGAGAAGCGUCCACUAGGACGAGGACAAACACCACCAAAUUUCCUAGUCUGCUUUGAUUUCACAACGGAGAGAUUUGGACCGCGUCUACCUCUGCCUUUCCACUCUUUCUUCUUUGAUACUGUGAUUCUUUCUAGUGUUAGAGAAGAGCAGCUUGCUGUGCUAUAUUGGGAUUUCCGUGUACCUGGACCCGUCAAGAUAUGGAUUACUAAUAAAGUUGAGCCCAAUGCAGUGUCGUGGAACAACUUGUUCUUAGCUGUUGAUACGAUACCACUCUCUGGUCCAUCAUUUCAUAGUUUCUAUGGGAGUUUUUUCGUUGACGAGGAGACAAAGAUAGUAGUCUUUGUUAUUAAAGAAAGUCAUAACUACCCCAGUCGCAACGUUGCUUACAUCAUUGGAAGUAAGGGAUACUUGAAAAAAGUGGAUCUUGGCGAAUCUAGAAACCAAGGGUUUGGUUACCCAUUUGUGUGCUCUUAUGUUCCAAGCUCAGUGCAAAUCCCAAACACACCCUAA